AUGAAUGAAAUUCAGGCUGGUAGUAAAUUUCAAAUUGAAUGUGCUGUUAUUGGUUCACCACCACCAAGGCUACGAUGGGUACUCCAUCGCAAAAAUUUACCUUUUUUCGAAUUUAUUCCUGAAAAGCUUAAUAGACCAGAUGCUCGCUCUUUUUGUGCUGAUUCAAGUCUUGUGAAAGCAAAAUUAACAAUUCCUGUUUUUACCUGGGACGCUUGGCAUGCGUAUAGUUGUAUCGCAGAUAAUGGUUACUCACAGCUAGCAGCACCAAUUGAAAUUCACAGCAUAACAGCACCUGGCCCCCUUUCUGCAUUGAGCACAAAAUACAAAUACAAACGAGAUGAUGUGUUACACGAAAGGGUUGACUUUAAACCGGAAAUAGUAUCAUGGACAUCGAUUGCAACAGCAACACUUGGACAACCAUUGCUUAUACGAUGUCGACAUAAUGGUGCUCCAGAAGCAUCAAUAUUUUGGAUCAAUACUGCAAAUCGACAGCGUUUGUCACGCAAAGCUUCAGACUAUGAAAUACUACCAUCAGGAGAUCUUCUUUUCUAUAAUUCAACACAGCUAUUCCCUGGCAACAAUUAUUCCCAACAAACCAAUGAUGAAACUGUCAUUACCCAAGUAACCUGCAAUGUUGUCAACCGUCAUGGUCAAGAUUCACAGACAACUUUUAUCUAUCCGAUAUCAUAA